AUGCACAGUCCUUGUCAGGCUCUCCCUGAGCCUAUCGCUAUCGUGGGGAGUGCCUGCCGCUUCCCUGGCGAUGCGACGUCUCCCGGAAAGCUCUGGGAACUGCUCAAAGAGCCUCGAGAUGUCCUUACUGAGAUUCCCGAGAGCCGCUUCAACUCAAAAGCCUUUUAUCAUCCGGAUGGUGGCCACCAUGGUACCACCAAUGUGCGCCAUUCAUAUGUCUUGUCCCAUGACCACCGGUUGUUCGACGCGCAGUUCUUUGGAACCAAGCCUAUUGAGGCCAACUCGAUCGAUCCUCAGCAGCGCCUGUUACUGGAAACUUUGCAAGGGUCCAACACCGGCGUGUAUGUUGGGCUGAUGACCAACGACUAUGCGGAUCUGCUAGGGAGGGAUGUCCAGAAUCUCCCAACUUACUUUGCGUCAGGGACAGCAAGAAGUAUUCUUUCCAAUCGCGUGUCCUACUUCUUUAACUGGCAUGGUCCGUCCAUGACUAUUGACACAGCCUGCUCAUCUAGCCUCAUCGCACUUCAUCAGGCCGUGUUGAGCUUACGCAACGGUGAAAGUAACGUGGCCGUGGCAGCGGGAACGAACCUUUUACUGGGGCCAGAGCAGUAUAUCGCCGAGAGCAAGCUCAAGAUGCUCUCGCCUACCGGUCGCUCUCGGAUGUGGGAUAGGGAUGCAGAUGGAUAUGCUCGAGGCGACGGGAUAGCUGCCGUUGUCCUCAAAACUCUGAGUGCCGCGUUGGCCGACGGCGAUCAUAUCGAAUGCAUUGUCCGGGAAACCGGUAUCAAUCAAGAUGGCCGUACAAAGGGUAUUACCAUGCCCAACCCCGUUGCCCAGGCAGAUCUUAUCCGGGAAACAUACGCGAAAGCGGGACUUGACUUGUCUAAAUCUGGUGAUCGGCCGCAAUACUUCGAGGCUCAUGGGACAGGAACGCCCGCGGGAGACCCAGUCGAAGCCCAAGCCAUCAGCACGGCAUUCUACGGUCCUAAAGCCAACUACCGCCGCACAGAUGCUGAUGAGCCACCGCUGUACGUCGGGUCAAUCAAAACAGUCAUUGGGCAUACUGAAGGCACUGCUGGACUAGCCGCAGUGUUAAAGGCAUCUCUCGCACUACAGCAUUCUAUAAUUCCCCCAAACCUACUUUUGAAUGAACUCAAUCCAGCUGUGCGCCCGUUCUAUGAUAAUUUGCAAAUACUGAACGCGGCCAGAGAAUGGCCACAAGUCCCAGCAGAGACGCCGCGUCGUGCCAGUGUGAAUAGCUUUGGCUUUGGUGGCGCUAAUGCCCAUGCGAUCUUGGAGUCCUUUGAGCAGAAUGCAGUGGGUGAAGGCGCGGCUGUACCAUGUGCUUCUAUUCUCACACCUUUCAAUUUCUCUGCAAACUCGGAAAGGUCUCUCCGUGCGAGCCUCGAGGCCUAUUCUGAGUAUUUGAAAGCGCACCCCCACGUGGAUCUCCGCAGUUUGUCAUGGACCCUGAACUGUCGCAGGUCCACGCUGCCCUUCAGACUGUCGCUGGCAGCCUCAAAUGCAUCCGACCUUGUGACCAGCCUAGACAAUGCCGUACUGUCACCGUCAGAUAUCCUCGUAGCCAGCCAAACGUCUACCAUCAAGCAGCCGAAAUUGCUCGCGAUCUUCACAGGACAGGGUGCACAGUGGGCUCGAAUGGGAGCUGAGCUGCUCCUAAGCUCACCUCUGGCUGCCACCUGUAUUGCUGACCUUGACGAUGCUCUCAACAUGCUUCCUGAACAAGAUCGUCCUUCAUGGUCUCUGAGAGACGAGAUACUGAAAGACACACAGUCCUCCCGUAUUGGCGAGGCUUUGUUCUCACAAACUAUCAGCACUGCUAUCCAGAUCAUGCUCGUUGAAUUGUUGCGAGCUGCUGGUAUUCAAUUUACCGCCGUUGUUGGCCACUCGUCAGGUGAGAUUGCGGCUGCACAUGCGGCUGGUUACAUCUCCGCCGACGAUGCCAUCAGAAUUGCAUACUACCGCGGUUGGUCUCUACAGGACGCUCGUGACUGCAAUGGAGUCAAAGGCGCCAUGAUGGCUGUGGGGACAUCGUUCGAAGAUGCCCAAGAGCUUUGUGACAUGCCGUCGUUAGAAGGCCGAAUUUGUGUCGCAGCCAGCAAUUCCUCUGCUAGUGUCACAAUUUCGGGCGACGCCGAUGCUAUCGAUGAAGCCAAGGACAUUUUUGAGGACGAGAAUAAAUUCACCCGUUUGCUUAAGGUUGAUAAAGCGUAUCACUCUCAUCACAUGCUUCCUUGUGCCGCUCCAUACAUUGUUGCCAUGCAGAGAUGUGCCAUUAGCAUCCAAGCUCGCUCUGACAACAGUACUGCGUGGAUUUCCAGCGUGUACGGCAAGAAUAUCGACGACGUCAAUGAUAGCCUUACGGACACUUACUGGAGCAACAACAUGAUCAACCCUGUCAUGUUCUCGCAAGCCGUCAGCCAUGCUGUCGCUGCAUUCGGCCCCUUUGAUAUGGCUCUUGAGAUUGGACCUCACCCCGCAUUGAAGGGUCCGGCACUGCAGACCAUACAAGAAGUUUCCGGGGUGUUGUUGCCAUACACAGGCAUUCUAUCUCGCGGUAAAAGUGACAAAAAGUCUUUUGCAUCUUCUUUUGGCGCUCUGUGGACUCACCUUGGAGAGCAUGCCGUUGAUUUUGCAGAAUUCGAGAGAAAGGUAUCCGGUGAUGAUCGACAGCCAAAGUUGCUUAAAGGACUACCAUCCUACUCGUGGGACCAUGACCGUGUCUAUUGGCACGAGUCCCGCAUAUCAUCCACGUUGCGAGUUGGAAAUGAAGAUUUCCAUCCUCUGCUGGGAAUGAAAUGUCCAGAUGGCACUGACAAGGAGCUUCGGUGGCGCAACUAUCUUCACCCCCGCGAAAUUCCCUGGCUCUCUCAUCACCAGGUCCAGGGCCAGAUUGUCUUCCCUGCUGCAGGGUACAUAUCCGCUGCAACUGAGUGCUUGGUUCAACAAUAUGGGCUGGGGUCUAUUCAACUCAUCGACUUUCAGGAUAUCAUCAUUGGGCAGGCUUUGGUCCUCGAGGAAAAUUCCGGUGUUGAGGUUCUUUUUACUCUGACUAUCACUGAAAAGGAGACUGGGUCUUUCAGAGCAUCGUACAAGUGCUACUCCGCCGGAAGCAACGGAGCUUCGUCUAUGUCGUUGCACGCAUCUGCGCAGAUCCAUAUUCUCCUUGGAAAUCCUGACCCCGAAUCCCUUCCCUUUCGCUUGGAUAUUCCGGAUAACUUUUUGCAUACUGAAGAGGACCGGUUCUAUAACUUUGUGUCUGAGCUUGGAUUUGGCUACACGGGCCCCUUCCGCGCGCUCACUGGAUUGACCCGGAAGAUGGAUGAAGCCACUGGCCGAAUCAUUGUACCCCCUGUCGAUCAGUCUGAUCAAUCUUUGGUGAUCCAUCCGGGUCCCUUGGAUGCUGCUAUUCAAUCGAUCAUGCUUGCCUAUUCUUUCCCUGGAGAUGGGUGUUUACGUAGUCUUUACCUCCCGACAAAGAUUGAUCGGCUCCGCAUCAACCCCUUUGGUUGCGUGGAUAUGGCAGGCCCGGGCAUGAUCGUUCCUUUUUACGCAUGCGUUACUGAUGCCCGGUUUGCAGAGCUAUCUGGCGACGUUGACAUAUACUCUUCCAAUGGAAAGCACACAGUGGUCCAACUUCAGGGGCUUCACACCACCCCUCUCACCCCACUCUCCUCUUCAACAGAUGUUCCAAUGUUUACUGAAAUGACCUGGGCCGCAGAGCAGCCGGCGGGAUGCGAUCGAAAUGGUGGUCAAGAUUGGUUCAAUGAAGAUUGUGCCCACUCAGUAGACUUGGAACGCAUUGCGCACUUCUAUCUCAAGAACCUACAUAUGUCGAUAUCCCACAAAGAACGGCAACAGAUCCAGUGGCAUCAUUAUCAUCUGCUUGCAUACGCCGGUCACUGUACUGCACUUGUCAAGUCCGGUGAUCACCCAAUUGCAAAGCAAGAAUGGGCAGAUGACACCAAAGAAAGCAUCUCGGAUAUACUCUCAAGAUUUACCGGCAACAUUGACGGCAAGAUCUUGCGCUCUGUCGGAGAAUAUCUUCCAGCUGUUGUUCGUGGGGAGGCCAACAUUCUGGACAUUCUAAUGCGGGAGAAUAUGUUGAGCCAAUUCUAUGCUGAAACACUUGGAAUGAAAUCCUACUUGAACGAAAUGGGUCGAAUUGCUGGUCAAAUUGGAAACAGAUACCCUCACAUCAACAUUCUAGAGAUCGGUGCCGGCGCUGGCGAGGCAACCGAAACUAUUCUACGCGAACUCGACGGAGCCUUUGCGUCAUAUACAUACACAGAUUUCAUGGACAGUUGGCUCGAUAGCGCCCAAGAUAGGUUUCACCAGUAUCAGUCUAAAUUGGCAUUCAAAGUUCUGGACAUCGAAAGGGAUGUCGUCGAACAAGGAUACGCAGAGGAGUCAUAUGACCUGGUCAUUGCAUCCCUCGCCUUGUAUGCCACUGAGAACCUUCAACGCACACUUUCUAACAUCCGCCGCCUACUGAAACCAGGUGGAUAUCUGAUCAUUCUUGAAAUAACCGAUCCAAGCGUGAUGCGGCUCGGUGUCGUUCUCGGAGGUCUUCCCGGUUGGUGGCAGGGCCAUCAAGAAGGGCGUACGUUGUCACCUUGUGUGUCUCCCGACAAGUGGAAUGGCAUGAUGAAGGAUGCCGGUUUCUCUGGUAUAGAUGCCUCAGUGCAGCAUGACACAAAGCGGCUGGUUCCUUUUUCAGUCAUGUUGACGCAGGCUGUUGAUCAUCGUAUGAAAUUCUUGCGUGACCCUAUGGCGAUGGGUCAUCAGAGGCUGGAUGUUGAAUCGUUAACACUCAUUGGUGGAAAGACUUCGCUCACCUCUACCAUGCUGUCACACAUCAAGAAUGCCGUUCGGAGGCAUUUUCAGACGAUUAGGUGUUAUCCUGAGCUCGCGGAUAUCGGGGCCCAAGAACUUCCAUUCAUGGGAACUGUGCUCAGCUUGGCAGAUCUGGAUACACCUGCAUUGUUGACCAUGAGUUCUGAAACGUUGAAGGGCUUCCAGGCACUCUUCAGGCAGAGCAAGAAUGUCCUCUGGGUGGGGUACGGCGCUCAAGGCGAAAACCCAGCGGGUAACUUGUUCCGAGGUGUUCAACGGACUAUUGCAAUGGAAAUGCACCACCUGCGAAUACAAUCUCUGAAUUUUGCGUCUCUCGCCGACGUAGACGCUGGAUUGGUUGGAGAAAGGCUCCUCCAGAUUGUGGCCACCGACAUCUGGGGAAAACGCGACCAGCUAAGGGGAAUACUGUGGUAUACGGAACCUGAAUUGUCGUUCCAGGGUGGGAAGAUGUUCAUUCCCAGGCUUCGCAUGAGCUCUCGGCGAAAUGACAGAUAUAAUUCAGCCAAGCGACUCAUUGUCGACGCGAUUAAUCGCAAGUCCUCGUCAGUGGCAAUUUCGCGGACCGAGAGUUAUCAAGUUCUGGAGACAGAGACGCCGAAAGUCCCUUCUUCUUUCACCGAUCAUGUCGAGAUUCAAAUAACGCAUUGUCUACUCCGCUCUGUCAUGGUCACCGAGAGAGACCAUCUCUUCCUGGUUGCUGGAAAAGGACCAGACGAUAAUGGCUACGUUGUCACCCUGGCAGAGAAUCUGACAUCCCGUGUUCAUGUGCCGGCGUCGUGGAUUAUAACAUCUGAAGAUUCACAGGAUCAAGCCGUCAAAUGUUUACUCGGUAUUUACAUCAAUUUACUAGCUCAUUCCCUGGUCGAGAAAAUAGUUCCGGGGGAGACAUUGGCUAUUCUGGAGCCAGACUUUUCCAUCGCUGGUGCUAUGACACACCAUGGCCAUCAAAGAGGCAUUCGACUUAUCUACUUCACAACAAAAGACACCCUCUGCUCUUAUCCUUGGGUCAGUAUACAUCGCCACUCAACACGCCGAGAGUUGUCCAACAAGAUUCCGCGCAACAUCUCUCGGCUAUUCAAUGUUGGCGGAGACAAUGAAGUGUUGUGCUUAUUGAAGAGCCUGUUGCCAUCCAGCUGCUCCUUCGAAACUGAACAGAGCCUGACACGCAACAACUCACAAAUAUCCGCUCUCGCAAGUGUGGAUCAAUUGGCCUCUCGGUUUAAGAUGAUUUUUUCUAGAGCAGACCAAGACUAUGUGCCUGUAAAUUUCAACAGGCUCCCGCAGUUGAGUCUAAGGGAUCUGAUUGAGACACACGGAUUCAUUCCACAGUCUUUGAUUACCUGGGAUCACUCAAAUCUCCCGGCUCAGGUCAGGCCUGCCACCCAAGUGGUCAGGUUCGCCAAGAACAAAACAUACUGGUUGGUGGGUUUGACGGGGGGUCUCGGUCUCUCUCUAUGUCAAUGGAUGGCCAGGCAAGGCGCACGAUACAUUGCGAUUUCUAGUCGAAGCCCCAAGGUGGAUGAGAAAUGGAUACACCAAAUGGCUGCCAGUGGCUGCACUGUCAGGAUCUUCGCGAAUGAUAUCACCAAUCGUACCUCUGUCUACAACAUUCACCGUCAGAUCAUUGAAUCGAUGCCUCCUAUUGGCGGUGUUGCGCAAGGAGCCAUGGUUCUGCAGGAUACAAUGUUCCUGGAUCUUGAUAUCACACGAUUCAAUUCUGUCCUUCAGCCAAAGGUUCAGGGCAGCAUUCUGCUGGAUGAACUAUUCUCGGAAGACUCCUUGGACUUUAUGGUUUUCUUUUCGUCCAUGGCUUCGUUGACGGGAAACCCUGGUCAGGCAGCUUACAACGCUGCAAAUAUGUUCAUGGCCAGCUUAGCAGCUCAGCGUCGAAAGCGUGGCUUAGCUGCCCAUGCUAUCAACAUUGGGGCCAUUGUGGGUAACGGCUAUGUGACCAGAGAGUUGAACAUGGGACAGCAAUCAUAUCUCUACAAAGUCGGUCACACGUGGAUGUCAGAACAAGAUUUCCAGGAGAUAUUCGCCGAGGGGGUUCUUUCGUGCUUGAAGCGAAAUGACACUGCCGAUAUAUGCAGCGCUCUCCGCAUUGAUGAUGAUGAUUCCAAAGACUGGAUAACCAACCCCAUUUUCCAACACCUUGUGUUCAAAUCAAAUACUCUGAUUGAAGGUGAGAAAAAAGGGAGAACCAGCGUCAUGAUCAAAGCUCGAUUGCUCGAAGCGACCUCGAACAGUGAAGUGAUGGAAGCUUUGCAAGAUGGCUUCUCUAUUAAACUUCAAUCGGCCCUUCAACUAGAUCCGAGCAAAGCCACUCUUGACAUGAGUCCAGAUGAACUUGGUGUUGACUCACUGAAUGCCGUUGACUUCCGCUCGUACUUCCUAAAGGAACUCAGUGUAGACGUACCUGUUCUGAAGAUUUUCAAUGCUGGUUCCAUCCGAGACUUGCUUGUCUUUGUUGCAGGCUGUCUCCCAUCUUCCUUCAUCCCGAACGUGAAAGAGAAUAGCCUGGACAACUCUCCGGAGUCGCGGCCCUCCAGCCAGCAAACAUCCCUCGGUCCCCCAUCAACUCUUCAAAGCCCCUUGAGUGACCCUGAUACACAGAGAAGCGAUGAAGUUAAGACAUUCCAUUUGGAAUACAUGCCAUCUGUCCAUCACCCGAGCAGCACCUCGUCGGCAUCGAUCAAGGCAGGCGACUCUAGUUCCGACCAGGACGAAGACAGCUCCUCUCUGACGUCGCUUGAAAAUGAUGCCAUGGCGAGCGAGAAGCAAACUGUUCAACGAAUCGCUCCAAUGUCAUUUGGACAAUCGCGCUUCUGGUUCCUCAAGUCUUUUGUCCAAGACCAGACCGCAUUUAAUGUCACUCCAACCUUUGAGCUAACCGGUAGAAUCGACGUUGAGAGUUUCUCGAAGGCAGUUGAACUUGUUGCCCAGCGCCACGAGGCCUUGCGGACAUUCUUCUUCACGGAUGAAAACAAACGCCACAUGCAAGGGGUCUGGGAAAAGUCUUCGUUACGUUUAGAGCACGUCUAUAUUGCGGAGAAGAUCGAAGUUGAUCUGGCGACGAGUCGAAUGAAAGCGCACGUCUUCAACAUCGCAGAGGGCGAGCUAAUGCGCAUACAGCUCCUCAGCUUGACCCCCGAUCAUCAUUGGUUGUUGUUUGGCUUCCAUCAUAUCAAUAUGGACGGGGUCAGCUUUGAAAAUCUGUGGUUGGAACUGGAAGAGUCGUACGAAGGCAUUGCCAAGUCGCAUCAUUCGCUACAAUACCUGGACUUCACAAGAAGGCAACUGCGCGAGUAUGAAGAAGGCUUCUGGACGGAUGACCUCGAGUAUUGGAGAAGCCAGUUUUCGAUACUUCCACAUCCCAUUCCAUUACUUCCAUUUUCUCUUCUGCCAGCGCGCCCAACAGGUUCGAGCUAUGCCUCCCGUCGCACACAUAUCCGUCUGGGCGUGGAACUUUCAAAUGAAGUUGAAAACUGCUGUCGAAUGUUCAAAGUCACCCCGUUCCAUUUCCAUCUUACCAUGUGGCAAAUUCUUCUCCAUCGUCAUCUGAGUGUUGACAGUCUGUGCAUCGGCCUUGUGGACAGCAAUCGUACGGAUGCGGACAUCUUGCAAAGUGUUGGCAUGUUCCUAAACCUCCUCCCAAUGCAGUUCUCGCUGGACUCGUCUCAAUCAUUCGGGGAGGCUCUCAAAGCGACAAAGCGUGCAUCGCAAGAAGCCUUUGCGCAUUCUCGUGUCCCAUUCGAUGUCAUUCUGUCAGAGUUGAAUGUCCCCCGAUCGGCAUCGUAUAGUCCGCUUUUCCAGGCCUUAUACAACUACCGUCCACGGACCGAAGUAUCUCGCCACUUCUGCGGUUGUGAGGCGGAAGGAACACUGCUUACAACGGGAGAGACGUCUCACGAUCUCUAUUUGGACGUGAUCAAUCUCGGAAACGGAGAUACACUUGUCCACCUCCUCGUCCAGAAAGAUCUGUAUAGUCUCGAGCACGCUGAGAUUCUUCUUCGCAGCUAUGAAAAUCUUGUCCAAGCUUUCACUCGAAACCCCGCUACCAAGGUUUCAUGGCCACCCCUAUUCUCGGAGGCAGAAAUUGAACAAGGCAUACAAGCUGGCAAAGAAGGGCCGGAAGUACAAAACCGAUGGUCAUCAACUUUGGUUCAUCGCAUAGAGGAUAUGAUGGACCUGUAUCCUGCCCACGUCGCGAUGAGGGAACCCAAUGGAAGUCAGCUCACUUACUCACAACUGCGAGAACGAGUCGCUGCGAUCGCCAACGAGCUUCUCGAUCAAGGAACUACACCGGGCACCUGCGUUGGUGUAUUUCAGUCGCCCGGUAUUGAUUGGAUUUGCUCCCUGCUAGCCAUCUGGCGCAUUGGCGCUGUAUACCUUCCGCUCGACAAGAAAGUUGGAAUAGAGAGAUUGUCGCUGAUGGUUACUGAUUCCAACCCUCUUGUCGUUUUGACGGACUCGACAACUACGAGCGACUUUGCUUUCCUUCGCAGCUCGGCUGAAGCGCUCAACAUCAGUAAUACUACACAACCAUCCGGAAGUAUAGCCCCGAUUUUGACAACGCCCGAUCAGACUGCUAUCAUCAUAUACACCAGUGGCUCAACUGGUGUUCCCAAGGGAAUUUCUUUGAGUCAUUCGUCGCACUUGCACCAUAUACAAGCAUGCAGUCAAGCUUGGAGCUUCCCGCUGGGGACGGAAACAGUGCUUCAUCAAUCGUCUUAUGCAUGGGACAUGUCGAUGUAUCAGAUUUUGCUCUCUCUUUGCAACGCUGCCACCCUCAUAAUUGCCCCGAACUCUGCGCGUGGUGAUCCCGUUGCCAUGACAGAUCUCAUUGUCUCUGAAAAGGUUACCACGGUACUUGCAACACCUACGGAAUAUCUUGCAUGGCUCCGACACAGCCCAGCCUCCUUGAGGCAAUCUUCACUCGCUCUCGCAGUUUCCGGAGGGGAACCCGUGACAAUCGGUCUUGCAAAAGGAUUCCAAUCCCUUGGAAAAUCGGAGCUGAAGCUUUUCAAUGUCUAUGGUCCCGCAGAAGUAACGCUCGCUUGCAGUACGGGAGAGGUGCCAUAUACUCAACUCAACUCAGACUCAAUGGACCUUUGCCUUGGCGUGACGACACUCCCAAACUAUUCCGUCUACAUCGUUGACGAGAACAUGCAACCGCUUCCACUUGGCAUCCCUGGAGAGGUAGUUAUUGGAGGAGCUGGCGUUGCAGAGGGAUAUCUUGACCCUGUUCUGACAAAGGCUAGCUUCUUACCAGAUCGAUACGCAAGCCCCUUCUUCAAGAGCCAAGGAUGGACGAAAGUUCAUCGCACAGGAGAUCGGGGAUGGCUUACACAAGAUGGGCGUCUGGUACUGUUAGGACGAAUCAGCGGUGACAAUCAAAUAAAACUUGGGGGUAUUCGCAUCAAUGUUGAAGAGAUCGAGUCCACCAUUGUCCAAAGCUCUGAAGGGUUUAUUUCACAGGCCAUCGUAUCGGUUCGUUCUGUAUCUGGAGACCACGAUGGUGGAUCAUUCCUCGUUGCAUUUGUCAUCCUCGCCGAUGCAGAGGCCCCUGAAACUGCGUCUCGACUAUUAAGAGAGAUACUUGCCAACCUGCCACUCCCUCACUAUAUGCGACCUGCCUUGAUUGUUCCAAUCUCUGCGUUCCCACAGAAUACCUCCGGCAAAGUCGACCGAUUCGCCGUUGGCAAAAUCCCCACUUCGCAGCCGGUUCCUCAAAUAAUUGACGAUGGGGCUAUAACGCCAAUGGAGCAAUCUAUUCGAACUUUGUGGCAAGAUGUAAUUCCGCAGGAUAUAGUGGGGUUACACGCCAUCCACUCGAAAUCUGACUUCUUCCACGUUGGUGGAAGCUCGCUCUCCUUAGUUGACUUUCAAGCUCGCGUCAAAGCCCAAUUCGGUGUUUCUGUGCCAUUGUAUCAGCUGUUCGAAGCGAGCACGCUACAAGGCAUGGCCUCCCGCAUUCAAAACAUGUCCUCCGAGCAAUCCCCUUCGCCAGUGAAUUGGGAUGAAGAGAUUGAAUGUCUUCUGGCCGAACUUCCAACCAUUCCGGAUUUUGAAGCGCCGAGGACGCCGUCCGGUACUGGGGUUGUAGUCCUCACUGGGGCAACUGGCUUCAUCGGCAAAGAGCUUCUACAUCAGCUCGUGGGAGAUGAUAGAGUCCAGGUCAUCUAUUGUCUGGCUGUCAGAAAGCCACUCGUCCAACUACCCGCCAUUUUCGCCAACCCCAAGGUUCACGUGUAUCACGGAAACCUCGGGUCACCUCAACUAGGCUUGUCUGACGGUGAUGCAUCCUCAAUAUUCCAAUCCGCUGAUAUCGUGAUUCACAAUGGGGCAGAUGUCUCCUUCAUGAAGAGCUAUCAGUCCCUCAAACUGACCAAUGUAGCCUCGACGGUGGAACUUGUCAAACUUGCCUUGCCGCGGCGUGUUCCCUUCCACUUUAUCUCAUCCGCAAGUGUCACCCGUUUUGCAUCUACUGAAUCAUUUGGAGAAGUUUCUGUGGCUUCAUUCUCCCCUCCUGCUGUCCCUCAGGAUGGGUAUGCAACGGCGAAGUGGGUGAGCGAGGUAUACCUGGAGCGUGUCUGUCAAUCAUUAUGCCUGCCCGUGUGGAUUCACCGCCCAUCGAGCGUGACAGGUCCUGAUGCGCCUGAGCUGGAUCUCACGAGCAACGUUCUCCGCUACUGUCAAACAACCAGGAAAAUCCCAACCUCGGGAGCGUGGAAUGGUGUCUUCGAUUUUAUCUCUGUGGGGUCGGCAGCGGCUCAAAUUAUAGAUGCUGUGCAUCUAUCUGGUUCUGGGGCUGCUAUAGAUGGAGGAACUAGGUUUGUAUAUGAGUCUGGUGAGAUUCAAGUAGGGCAACACGAAGUGCAAUCGAUGAUGGAAGCGGAUGCUGGUCAGGGAUUCGAAACGGUUCCUUUGGCGGAGUGGGUUGACACUGCUGAGGCAGCGGGUAUGAGUGCUCUCCUGGGAGUGUAUUUACGUCAAGCUGCGGAGGGUCAGAUUCUUCUUCCCAGGCUCGUGAAGGACAGUGGACAGGAUGCCAGGAAUGAGGCUAGAUAG